AAUGACUUAAUGCGCUUAUCAACCAUCAGAAUGUUCUAAAUUAAACUAUCAAGGAAUAACCAUCCAUCCAUAACUUACACAAAAAAAUACAAUAUUGGAAUAAAACCUACUUUAAUAAAGUGUACGAUAUCCAAAAAAAUAAUGUGAUAGUAAGAAAGUCUUUUAUUGAUCAUAUUGUUCUUACCAAUAAAUUCAAAUAUAGGGAACUAGGCCUUAGUUAGCUAAGAAUAAAAUAAACAGUGAAAUAAAUCCAGUAGAACCAAUUUAUAAUAUUGCA